UUCGCCGCCGCCGUCAUCAUCAUAGUGAUUGAGUCAUUUAAAGCCGACGACGACGAGCAGACAUUUGGUCCGGAUUGAACACGUCGCUAGAAUAAUCUUCAAUUCCGAUCGAACACGCAACAACAAACAAUUCCCUCAACUACUGAAAAGUACCGUUUCAGUAAUUCCACACCUGAACACCUGAAAGUCAUUUGAACAAUUAAUUUUCUGAAACCCUGUUGCUUAAAAAAAGACAAAAACACACACGUUUAGGGUUCAAUCUAUGGCACAAACAGUCUCUGAAACUAUCGACUUCCCUAAUGAAGAGGAGAAAAUCCUUCAACUAUGGGAAGAGAUCGAUGCAUUUCAAACAUCCAUGAAACUCAGCGAGGGGCGACCAAGAUAUAGCUUCUAUGAUGGACCCCCAUUUGCUACUGGUCUGCCCCAUUAUGGACAUAUUUUGGCUGGAACCAUCAAAGACAUUGUCACCAGAUAUGCCAGUUUGAAAGGGUACUACGUGGAGCGGCGCUUUGGUUGGGAUUGCCAUGGACUGCCUGUUGAAUUUGAGAUUGACAAAACCUUAAAUAUCAAAGGUCCAGAAGAUGUGGAAAAGAUAGGAAUUGCUGCUUACAACCAAGAAUGCCGCAAGAUUGUGAUGAGAUAUUCAAAAGAAUGGAAGUGUAUCGUCACAAGGCUGGGUCGUUGGAUAGAUUUUGACAAUGAUUACAAAACCAUGUACCCGACUUUCAUGGAAUCAGUCUGGUACAUGUUCCGCCAGCUUUUUGUCAAGGGAUUGGUUUACAAAGGUUACAAGGUGAUGCCCUUCUCUACAGCAUGCAGCACACCUUUGUCUAACUUUGAAGUUGGUCAGAAUUAUAAAGAAGUCAACGAUCCUGCGAUUAUUGUGAGUUUUCCUCUCCUGGAUGACCCAGAAGUAUCCCUUGUCGCCUGGACUACCACACCCUGGACUCUUCCCAGCAACUUGUCAGUUUGUGUCAAUGCUGAUCUUGAUUACGUCAAGCUCUUAGAUAAAAGCAACAACAAAAUUUUCAUCUUGAUGGAAGCAAGGUUGUGUUCUCUCUAUAGAAGUGAAGAAGAAUACACCAUUCUUGAAAAGUUCAAGGGCAAAACUCUGGAAGGAAAGAAAUACAAACCAUUGUUUACUUAUUUUGGAUAUAUGAGAGAAAAAACCGGCUGCUUCCAGGUGUUGUGUGAUGGUUACGUCUCUGCUGAGAGUGGUACUGGAGUUGUACAGCAAGCUCCCUAUUUUGGAGAGGAUGAUUACCGAGUGUGUACCAGUUAUGGGCUCAUCACAAAAGACAUGCCAAGCAUCUGUCCAGUGGAUGCUUGUGGACGAUUCACCAGUGAAGUGACAGACUACAAAGGAAUCUAUAUCAAGGAUGCUGAUAAAGACAUUGUCAAAUACCUGAAGAGCCAAGGUCGUCUGGUGCACCAAGGAACCGUCACUCACAACUACCCCUUCUGCUGGAGGUCUGAUACACCAUUAAUCUACAAAGCAGUGCCAAGUACAUUUAUCAGAGUAGCAGAACAUGCUGAAAAUCUGUUGAAAUGCAACCAAGAAACCUACUGGGUUCCAGAUUUUGUGAAAGAGAAACGAUUUGCCAACUGGUUGAAAGAUGCAAGAGACUGGGCAGUAUCAAGGAACAGAUACUGGGGGACCCCAAUACCCCUGUGGAUCAGUGAUGAUGGUGAAGAGGUCGUCUGUAUUGGUAGCCGUAAAGAGUUAGAAGAGCUCACUGGAACAGUCGUCUCUGACAUCCACAGAGAGAGCAUUGACCAUCUAACAAUCCCAUCCAAACAAGGUAAAGGUGUGCUUCGGCGUGUGCCGGAAGUGUUUGACUGCUGGUUCGAGAGUGGCUGCAUGCCCUACGCCCAGGUGCAUUAUCCUUUCGAGAACAAAAAGGUGUUUCACGAGACGUUUCCAGCUGACUUCAUUGCUGAAGGUAUUGAUCAGACACGUGGAUGGUUCUACACACUGUUGGUCUUGUCCACCCUUCUGUUUGGAAAACCACCAUUUAAAAACCUCAUCAGUAAUGGCCUCGUCCUUGCUCAAGAUGGCCAGAAGAUGAGUAAACGCAAGAAGAAUUAUCCAGAUCCUCUGGAUAUUGUCAACAAAUAUGGUGCUGAUGCCCUCAGAUUAUAUUUAAUCAACUCACCAGUUGUGAGGGCCGACAACCUCAAGUUCAAAGAAGAAGGUGUCCGUGAUAUUCUUAAAGACGUCUUUUUACCAUGGUACAAUGCUUACCGUUUCCUCAUGAUGAACAUUGACAGGUUGCAGAGGGAUGAAAACAUGAAAUUUGUGUACGAUGAAGAAAAAAUUCAGCCAUCUCCCAGCUACAUGGAUUGUUGGAUCCUGUCUUUCACACAAUCACUCAUCAAAUAUGUCCAAGAAGAGAUGGCUGCCUACCACCUCUACACUGUCAUCCCCCGGCUCCUCAAGUUUGUUGACCAACUGACCAACUGGUAUGUCCGUAUGAACAGGAAGAGACUGAAGGGUGAAUUUGGUUCCCAAGACUGUCUGUAUGCUCUGGAGACUCUGUUUGGAGUUCUGUUCUGUAUGACCAAAGUAAUGGCUCCAUUUAUUCCCUUCCUCACAGAACACAUGUACCAGAAUCUACGACAGUUCCUACCUCAGAAGAAAGGAAGCAAGCAGGAUAUGAGAAGCAUCCAUUUUCUCUUUUAUCCUUCUGUCAAUGACUCUCUGAUUAAGAAAGAUAUUGAACGUGCAGUCUUCCGAAUGCAGUGUGUCAUUGAAUUGGGCCGUGUGGUGCGGGAUCGUAAAACACUUCCUGUGAAGUAUCCUCUUAAGGAAGUUGUUGCCAUUCACAAAGACCCUGAAGCCUUAGAAGAUAUCAAGUCCUUGGAAAGCUAUAUUUUAGAGGAACUGAAUGUCAAACAGUUGACCGUCACCACAGACAAGGAGAAGUAUGGAGUGACACUGGCAGCUGAACCAAACCACAGAAUUCUGGGAACCAAAUACAAGAAAGAGUACAAAGACCUGAUGGCUGCCAUCCGCAAGUUAAGUGACAGCCAGUUGGCCGAAUAUCAGAACACUGGAAAGGUGACUGUAUUAGGGAAUGUUCUAGUGGAAGAUGAGCUGCAGCUGUCCUACAAGGUUGGCUCUAAAGCACAGGGAGAUUCAUCAUAUGAAGCACAUUAUGAUAAUGAUCUUCUGAUCAUGUUGGAUGUGACCCCUGACAAGUCGAUGGUAGAAGAAGGUAUUGCACGAGAAGUCAUUAAUCGUAUUCAGAAACUGAGGAAGAAGGCUCAUCUUGUCCCAGCUGACAACAUCACCAUCUUCUACAAAGCCACUCCUAAUCUAGCAGCUGUCAUCAAGAAUAACCAAGAAUUCAUUUAUUCCACUAUCAAACAGCCACUCUUACCAGAUUUGGCGUCGGGUCACUAUACUGAUGUCAUCAUCAAGGACUCUGUAUCGGUGAAAUCUGAUAAUUUAGAGAUGACCAUAGUGAAGGGUCAGCAUUCAGCUGACAUGUUGAAAGACAGCUCUACAUAUGCCCCGGUUCAGAAUGGGGUAACGCCCACAUGUAAAUAUGUCAACCUAGAGUUAUGUAAUGUGCCUAACAACGAGGGCCGUACAGGUGCCCGUGGCACUUUGCUAUUAGAAAACCCUCAGGGAUGCUAUCCAAUUAAGUAUAAAGAGUUGGUUAAGCAGAUCCAGUCAGUGUUUGGAUUAAGAAGUCAGGAUAUAUCCGUCUUUUUGGAUCGCACAUUGACAGACAAGCUGAAACCACAGCAUAAUUCAGAAUUCCUUAAUUCUCGGACCUUAUAUGUUGGGGCCAACAAUCCUGCCAAGGCUGAACCCUGUCCGAAGAAAGAGAACGAAGUCACUUCGCCUAUUUGUCAUUUUGCCAAUGUACAAUUGGUUGGUAACAAACCAGCCAAUGGCAAAAAGGGAACUAUUCUUUUAGAGAAUCCACAGUGUAGUUUCUUUAGCUUCAAGCAGCUAGAAUCACAGGUAAAAACCAUUUUUGGUCUGGAUGGCAAGAAGAAGGUGCGUCUUAGCCACACGCCUGAUGGUAACUCCCCUGUAAAGGACUCUGUAAAAGGAGAAGAAGUUCGCAGCCUUCAUUCAUCAUCCAUCUUUGUAUUACAAUCAUGACAUCAGUGUUAGGGAACAGAGGAACCGAACCAUUUUAGGAGGCAGCUCCUUUGGUCAGACUGCUUGAGCUGCCCUGCUAGCUGCUUCUUAAUUUACCUGCUGUGAUCAUGAUGAGGAGGAGGAGGAGAAGGAGGAUGAUGGUGAUGACAAUGAUCAUUCGUUGGCCUUUCAAUUUUUGUGUUUUUACAAUAAACAUCUAUUGAAUUUC